CUCCAACUCAUUCCACCAAAUUACAACAUCACAUUUGUGUGUCAAUUUGAGCAUACCAUUUAAAAGAAAAAAAUCAAACAAGCCCGUGUGGAGCUGAAAGUCUGAAACCUUAAUGAUAUAGAUAUAUGAAACGCACGCUGGCUGCCUGGAUUUGCCGCUGCCUUUGUUUUUCUAUCCAAGUCAGUCCCCCACAUUGUUUGACCGCGCGAUCGAGGACGCCGUGGCCCGCCCACCCCCUCCGAUCAAUUCUUCUUCUUCUUCUUCUUCAAAAUCCCAGCAGGCCCCUUGUCUUCGUCUCGGCAACAGGAGCAGCAGCAGGGCUCGCACACACGACACCAGGCAAAAGGGCGUCAUGCCACUGCUCGCCGCGAGCGGUGUCGUCGGCGCUGGCGCCCUGGGCGGCGCCGUCGCCUACGCCGCCCUCGCGCUCGCGGCGCUGCGGCUGCUGCUCUCAUACAAGUCGGCGCUCUACGCGCUGCGCCGCCUCUGGCGCUGCGCCGACGAGUGGGCGCAGGCGUACCAGUACCACGAGGUGCCGCGCUUCGCCUGCGACGGCGCCGAGAACCCGCUCUUCCGCAAGGCCGCCGCGUACGUGGCCGCGCUGCCGUCCCUCGAGGACGCCGACGCCGCCUCCGUGCUCUCGUCCGCGUCCAGGACCAACGGGGGACUCUCGCUCCACCUCGGCCCGGGCCACACCGCGCGGGACUCGUUCCUCGGCGCGCGCCUCGCGUGGACCAACGCCGCCGACGGCGGCCGCCUGGUGCUGCGCGUGCGCCGCCACGACCGGACACGCGUGCUGCGCCCCUACCUGCAGCACGUCGAGUCCGUCGCCGACGACAUGGAGCAGCGCCGGCGCGAGCUGCGCCUCUUCGCCAACACCGGCGUGGACGGGGCCACGGGCGCGCCGCGGUGGGCGUCGGCGCCCUUCACGCACCCGGCCACGCUCGACGCCGUGGCCAUGGACCCGGACCUCAAGGCCCGCGUCCGCGCGGAUCUCGAGAAUUUCCUCAAGGGCCGCGCCUACUACCACCGCCUCGGCCGCGUCUGGCGCCGGAGCUACCUCCUCUACGGCCCGCCGGGCACCGGCAAGUCCACGUUCGCGGCGGCCAUGGCGCGGUUCCUGGGCUACGACGUCUACGACAUCGACCUGUCCCGCGCCGGCAGCGACGACCUCCGCGCGCUGCUCCUGCACACCACCCCGCGGUCGCUCAUCCUGGUCGAGGACCUGGACCGGUACCUGCAGGCCGCCGGCGCGGACGGCGAGGCGCGGGCGGCGAGGGUGCUGAGCUUCAUGGACGGCGUCGCCUCGUGCUGCGGCGAGGAGCGGGUGAUGGUGUUCACGAUGCGCGGGGGCAAGGACGCCGUGGACGCGGCGGUGGUGCGGCCGGGGCGGCUGGACGUGCACAUCCACUUCACGCUCUGCGACUUCGAGGCCUUCAAGACGCUGGCCAGCAACUACCUGGGGCUCAAGGACCACAAGCUCUACCCGCAGGUGGAGGAGGGCUUCCACCACGCCGGCGCCCGCCUCAGCCCCGCCGAGCUCGGCGAGAUCAUGCUCGCCAACCGCGGCUCCCCGAGCCGCGCGCUCCGCAACGUCAUCACCAAGCUCCAGCGCGUGUCCGCCGGAUCAGCAGCAGGCGCGCCGCCGCCCAGGCGGAACACGAGCUGGUCCGGGACCGGGCCACACUGGGAGGACCAGUCGGCGCGCGCCAGCGCGGACUCCACGGAAGCCGACGAGACGCCGGCGGGAGGUGGGGUGUUCGGCAAGGACGCGCCGCCGAUGAGGGAGUUCAAGAAGCUCUACGGGCUGAUCAAGGUCAAGAGCCGGAGGGAGGGCUCCGGCGUCGUGCCUCUGGAAGCCGACGCGCACGGGCCGCCGACGCCGGGCAACCACGACAGGGAGCGGUGAUUGAUGAUUAGUAGAAUUGUAGACUGUAGUGGUGGCCAGGCCAAAAAAAAAAAGGAUUUUGAUUUCUUUUCUUUUGACUACAAUUUACUACUAUUACACUGCUAGUCAGUUAGUGACCGGGGAGACAUACAAUAUGAUACAAUACGAUUGAUGGAAGAUAGAAAUGCUAGGGAGUCUUGUGUGGUUUCAGCUGCAGGAGCUAACAGUCAGUCAAUCAGCGUGAAAGAAAAACAGUGGACAAAAAUGGGACAAGUUCGUGAAAUUUGCUCUGAA